CGGCAAACAGGACUCGCGAUCGCAAACUGCGCUCCGCUCCCGACUCCCGUACAUCUCGCACACGUUCUCGCACACGCACACACCGAAGUCGACACUCACACACACACUCACACACACAUACAGAGACACAGACGGACCAUCGCGGUUCCACACCCCGAACGAAAACCACCAUGUCGACUAUCGCAAAAGUGUCCCCGAGAAUUGCCAGUGUUCACCCGUGCCGCGACUUCAUGGUGCAUUCGGUUUAAUAUGGCCAAUUCUAGUGAUGGGCGCGAAAUUAAGAUGGGACUGAAAAAACGUUUCAAAUGCUGGAAGUUCUACUUAUUAGACAAUUUAAACAGUUAUAACCAACACAACAACAGUACCUGAGACUUAGUUUUUCCUUUUAUUUUACCACAUCAUCAUCAACUCAACUCCAAUUUAACGCACAAAUCCUAUCUUCUACUACUACUACUACUACUACUAUAAUAUAUAAAUAUAAAACAAGUUGUACUAGUUCUAAUUCGUUGUGAUAUACUAAGCUAUGAAGAUUAUUGUUUAACAAAAAACUUCAUUACCAGCCACCUAAAUCAUGGUGGAUUUGGGGGGUUAUGUUAUAAUUCUGGUAGAAACCAAGGACAAAAAGAUAAAACUAUAUGGAUCUCCGGCUGAUAAGGACAAUUUGGAGGUGGGGGAUGAGAUCCUCGAAGUAAACGGCAAAACUUUAGAGGACUGCAGCCAUACGGAAGUCAUAAGUCACAUACACCAGUGCAUCAGAUCCAGGACAAUAUGUUUGAGGGUGAAAAGAAGAAGCGGGGCCCGUUUGGCUGUGGACUUAGACCUGUGUUCGAGCAACGUGCAAGAUGCGUUCGUCAUCGCCGUCGAGCAACAGGCUCGCGAGCGUCUGGAACGCUUGUCAGCCCUCAAACGCAUCACUCCAAUCGACAUGGGAAAAUUAUCUAUACAGCUAAACACGCAGAAAUCAUCAACGAGCAGCUCGUCAGCUUCGGCAGCCGUCUUGGGCGGAUCAGCUUCAGCAGCUGUCGCCGACGACCUGAACGGCUUCAUACAGAACUCGCCGAUCUACGUCACCUCGUUGACGGCCACGGAGAGCGCAAAUCCGGACUACGCGGCCGGCGGCGCCACAGGCAACAACCGCCCCCCGGGAGGCGGCAACGUUCUUUCGACCACCACCACCGUGGUGGCAGUCAACAAGGACGUCAUCACGACACCCAAGCCGCACCAGCUUCCGAACGGCGCCUCAGCGCAAGCCGCAGCAGUAGCUGUUCCUUCAGGAUUGACCAGCAGCAGCACAGGGCUAACGGUAGAUUUGGGAGUGGACUCCCUGGCAGGAGUAGCAGGAAGCGUAGGCAGAAAGUUGGGGGAUCGCAGGGCGUCGUCGCCGUUCCAGAACGGCAGGACGGAACUGCUGAUCGGCGCCGAAGACAAUAAGUUCAAGACUACCGCCAUCGUCGAGAGCAACAACAAUCACAAAUUGGGUGUGAUCGAUGACCAAAGGCCUCGCCGCAGGUCCGGCAGCAGUAUAGUUGUCCUUGACGGCGACAUAGAGCCUGUGAAAAAAUCCUUGGAGGACAUUGAUGACGUGGUGGACUACAGCAUGGUAAUGAUGCUUUCCGGUGGAGAUAACGGUCCGCACCGGGAGAUGGCGGUAGACGUACCGGACACAUUUAUCGCGCGUAACAAAACCCCGCCACGAUACCCGCCUCCAAAGCCUAUAUUAACGAGUGGUGUAAAUGGAACUUCCCAAGCCUCCACGACGGUUCCAACAUUGCCAAACAGCACGAAACCGGUACCCCCACCACGCGAUCACCUAGUUAACAGGGCGCCUCCACCACAACUACCGGCGCGCAUCACCAAUAAUAACACUAUCGCGCCUGCCACGCCGACCCCGACGGUCACCGAGCCAACCAGAGAGCAGCUGGACAGCAUAAAAAAAUAUACGGAGCAGAUCAGAAAACGUAAGGAAGAAGAAGAGCGAAUAGCUGCUCAAACAGACUUCCUCAAUAGAUCGUUGAGGGGUUCCCGGAAACUCCAGGCGCUCGAAAGUAGACCUCAAGGCAGCGUAAACGACGCGUUCGCCGAGGAUGAAGACCACGACUCCUCCAGAUCCAUUACGCCUGUGUCGCCCAUCGAAAAAGAGGCUGUACACAUACCCUAUGCUUAUGGCGAUCUGGUGGCAUCGGUUCAACGCUUGCAGCUGCAGCUGAAAAAAUCUGCUGGCGGUGGGGGCGGCGUGAGCGGUUUGGAAGGCCGUGUUGCCGCCGUUCAGUCGCUUCUUCUGUCGCCGCAAUUUGGGCGCGCGCUCGCGGUGCACAAUUGCGUGCAAGCGGUCAGGGCGCGCACGGCGCCCAGGGCGCAGCCCGUCGCCCAAGCCGCCCUCAGAGACUGCCUCGAUGCCUUAGCCAACACUAGCGGCGUUUAUGCCGUCGAGUUGGCCUCGCUGCUCACAGGUUACGAAAUGGAGGCGCUGAUGGCGGCGCACGACGGCGUAGCGGCAACACUGCCGGCCGAUUCGACGACGCCAACGCCCUCUGCUGCCGAAACCCUGCCCGCCUCGUUGUCAGAUCACCGUUACGGCGAAGACAACAUCAAAAUAAUCAAAAUCGAAAAGUCGACCGAACCGUUGGGCGCCACCGUGCGAAACGAGGCCGACGCCGUAGUCGUCGGCCGCAUCGUCAGAGGCGGCGCCGCCGACAAGAGCGGCCUCCUGCACGAGGGCGACGAAAUAUUGGAGGUAAACGGCAUAGAGAUGCGCGGUAAGAGCGUGAACGCCGUCUGUGAUAUACUGCAAGCGAUGGAAGGCACUUUGACAUUCCUGAUCGUGCCUGCCUCGCAAGCGCGCACGCACCCCGGUCGCGAUUCCGUGCUGCACGUGCGCGCCUACUUCGACUACGACCCCGAAGAGGACAUGUACAUACCGUGCAGAGAAUUGGGCAUCAGUUUUCAGAAGGGAGAUGUUCUUCAUAUUAUCAGCCAGGACGAUCCCAACUGGUGGCAGGCGUAUCGGGAGGGCGAGGAAGAUCAGACUUUGGCAGGUCUUGUACCGUCUCAGAGCUUCCAGCAUCAGCGCGAGUCGAUGCGCUUGGCAGCCGAGGAACGCAUGUCGAAACCUCAACGUAAAUCGUCCACCCUUUUGUGCGGCAAAACGGCCAAACGGAAAAAGAAGAAGGGCGCAUAUGCGGACGGCGCCUACCCGAUGUACACGAACGCUGUGGACGAGUGCGAUCCGGACGAAAUCCUCAGCUACGAGGAGGUUUCGCUGUACUACCCGCGUGCCAACAACAAAAGGCCUAUAGUUCUAAUUGGACCUCCCAAUAUUGGAAGGCACGAGCUGAGGCAAAGGCUGAUGGAGGAUGCCGAAAGAUUCGCUGCUGCCAUACCACACACGUCCCGAGCCCGCAAAGACACGGAAGUCGACGGGCAGGACUACCACUUCAUCACGCGUGCGCAGUUCGAGGCGGACAUCCUGUCGCGCAAGUUCGUCGAGCACGGCGAAUACGAGAAAGCCUACUACGGCACCUCGUUGGACGCCAUACGUUCGGUGGUAAACAGCGGCAAAAUCUGCGUGCUCAAUUUGCACCCGCAAAGCCUAAAAAUACUGCGAACGAGCGACCUCAAACCAUACGUCGUGUUCGUAGCGCCACCUAGCUUGGAGAAGCUGCGACAGAAGAAGAUUAGGAACGGCGAAACUUACAAGGAGGAAGAACUGAAAGACAUAAUCGAGAAAGCGCGCGAUAUGGAGGACAAAUACGGCCACUUCUUCGACAUGGUGAUAGUGAACAGUGACACUGAGCGCGCGUACCACCAGCUCCUAAGCGAAAUAAACAGUUUGGAGCGCGAGCCCCAAUGGGUGCCGGCCGCUUGGAUUAAAGCUCUUUAGUACUAACGUAAUUAAAAGUUUAAUUAGGUUUUCAAAUUUUAACAAGCAACCACUAUGCUCUACAAAUAUAAUAAUAAUAUUGAUGGCUUGAACCAUCAAUGAAUUUUAAACUUUUAAAAUAUUAAAACAAUAUUAGAACACCAUCAGCUCAGAGGGGUGUACAUUUUGUAAAGAAGAUUGACUGAAUUAUUACUAUUUUUUUCGAUUGUUUUCUAUUGAUAUGUGCCAAAAAUCGCACAACUUUUUAACUAAAGAAUAUCUCGACAAAAAAUAGAAAACACUUGACUGGGGCGGUUACCGUACUAAAUUUGUGUCUCAGGAAUUUGCAGAAUCUUUUUAAGCACUUAACCCUUGAAUUUCAAGGCUUGAAAAGAUGCUGUAUUUUAUUAUGUUUCUGGAAUUGCGACUUAAACGGUUUUAAUAAUUAUUAUUACAUCACUUAUAAGUGGUAAAAUACGCAAAAUUAGUCAAAUUAUACAGUUUUAGUCCAAUUUUUAUAGUAUUAUAGUCAAGAAGGCUGUUUAUAAGCCGCCAUUUUGACACGUCACGAGUUUUUGACAGAUUUCAACCAAAUAAUACUAAAUAUCAAAGCUUACUUUGUUAACCAUUUUUUUUAUUUACAAAACUAAUAAUUUGACUUAUUUUGCGUGAAAAAUUAAAUUUAACCUGUGAUUUCGGCCAGAGCGCGUUCACGUCUAUGAAAUUGAAUAGUAUUUAACUUAAAAAAGACGGCAAUAAUUGAUUGUACAUAAUAAAACUAAAAAAACUAGGAAAAACUUAACUAUAGCUAUGUAUUUAGCGGAACUCGAAUAUAUUGUAUAUAAGAGUUAUUCAUAUUUGUCUAGGCGCAUUAUUUUUUUGUCACGUUCAAAAAUCCACGGGUAAAAUCGUUUUUGGUUUUAUAUGAUUUAAAAAAAGUGUUGCUCAUUUUUUUUAACUACCUACUGUUAAAUGUUGGGUGUUUUUUAAUCGAUUUUGGUAAUUUUUGAACUUGAGAAAGACAAUAAUGAAAUUUUAAAGCGACUUAAAUCGACAAGAUACUUUUGAUUGGUGUUAGUUUAAAUAUUUCGAUCUACUUUGUUUCAGAAGUUGUAGAAUGAAGUAGACAUUUUGUUGAUUACUUUUAUAUAAUUAUAUGUACUUAUUUUAUAUCUCCCCAUUAUUAACUAGGUAACUUUUAACAAAAUAGUUCAAUAGGUGCAAUUUUAAUUCUUUAAUUAACUUUUACCCAUUUCUAUUAUUUUUAGAACAAUUGUAAGAUAAAACUCUUACAAUAUUAUAGGUAUAUUUAUAUUUUAUAAUUCUUAUAUUUUUUAGUCUGAAGUCAUUUAUUUUGUUUAUUUAUUUGUUAUUAUUUAAUUGUAUAUAAGAUAUAUCAAAUGUGUAUAUAAUAAAAACAGACCCUAUGGAGUCUGGUUAUCCGUGUAUUAUAAUUAUUAUAUCGUUAGUAAUUUUGACUUCAGAGUUCCUUUUUAUUGAAAAUUUUAUUAUGCAUACAAGAUAAUUGUUUUAGAAUUGCAGAAAUAAAUAUUUCUCACUAUUAAA